UGCCGGAUAAGUUACUAAAAUUGAAAGAAAUUCAAGCUGAAUACUUUCCUCUAGAGGUAGAAGGAAAAGUAACUAGUUUAACUUCGAAUUUAGGCGUAUUUAAAGACAUAGAUGAGUUACUGAGGUGUAAAGGUCGUAUGAAACACGCAGACUGGUCAUUUGAUAAACGCUACCCCAUACUUAUACCGAAAAAUUCAGAUUUCACCAACGAAAUUAUAAUAAAGACUCAUCAAGAAAAUAAACAUGUUGGAGUAAGUCACACGUUAGAUAAGAUAAGGGAAACUUACUGGAUACCACAAGGAAGAAGCCAAGUUCAAAAGAUUUUGAGGAAGUGCUCCGAAUGUAUGAAGCAUGACGGAGGGCCAUAUAAACUACCGGAAACUCCUGCGUUACCGAAAGAGAGGGUCAAUUACAGCUCUCCAUUCACAUACGUUGGUACCGACUAUCUGGGACCACUUCUAGUUAACAAUGGGAAUGGCAAUUGCAAAAGGUGGAUUAGCCUCUACACUUGCUUAGCCGUAAGAGCCAUUCACUUAGAAGUUGUAAAGGACCUAACUGCGGAAGAAGGUUUAAUGGCCUUACGUAGAAUGAUUUCAGCAAGAGGUGUACCUACCUUAAUAACAUCUGAUAACGCAGCUCACUUCAAGUUACUCUCAGAGAUUCUUCAGAGCCCAUACUGCGUAGAGAAAGAGAUAAGAUGGAAAUUUAUACCACAGUUAGCACCAUGGCAUGGAGGAUUCUAUGAGAGACUAGUUGGUUUAGUUAAAAACUGUAUGAAGAAAACAUUACAGAAACAUUUGUUGAAUGACACCCAGCUAGUAACAGCGGUGAAAGAAAUAGAAGCAGUUCUUAACACAAGACCCUUAACUUACGUAGAUUCAGAGCCUGAUCAUGUAUUGAAACCUUCAGACUUUCUUACCAUGGGAAAGUGUAUCAUUAUGGAAACUUCAGAUAAGGAUCCUACAACGUCGCAAGGGACGGUGACUAAGGACAAUUUAAUCAAAGGUUGGAAGAAAGCACGGAUAAUUCUACGAGAAUUUAAAGAGAUGUUUGAGAACCGGUAUCUCCUAAAUUUGAGAGAAAGAUAUUCCCACCAUCCUAAAGAGCCUAGGGUAACAUCUAAGUUAGCACCGAAGAUAGGUCAAAUCGUGCAGAUUAAAGGUGACACGAAGAACAGGAUAAAUUGGAAAGUUGGGAAAAUAGUAUCUUUGAAAGAAGGGGCCGACGGUUUAUGUAGGGUCGCCAAGGUACGUGUAGGAGAUACAGAGUAUACAAGAUCUAUCGCGCAUCUCUACCCGUUAGAGAUCGAAGAUGGAGAAGAACAGUGUAAACAAACAUCAUCUUAUGAAGAAAGUGUAGAAGAACUAGUGCAGCUUCCUGAUCUUCCACGUCUAUCAGGCAAGGAGGACGUGACGGUGGAGUCCCUCAAAGACGUUGCAGAGUCUCCAUCUGAGCAGAGAUUAACUCAAGAAGUAGCUAGAGAUCAGCCAGAAGAAGAAGUACAGCCUCAUGCCUCGCCAGUAGAGGAAGAGUGUUCCUCUAAACAAAUAGUAGAGUCUAUGUCUAGUGAGUUAAACGAGCCUAAGCCUAAGUCUAUGUCCGAACCAGAGCCACUCGCGGUCGUCGACCUCGAGUUUUACGACCACACUGAUCCCGAGUCACACCACCUGGAGGAAGUUACGCCAGAAGGACAACACGAAGAAUCAAGACCUAAGAGAGCGGCAGCUCUCCGAGCCCUUGAGAAGAUCAAGGAGUGGACCAGCAAUCUAGUCGCCGUGCUUCUGCCUGAGGGGGGGAGUGUCGCGACAGACGCGAAUAUCUAAAGCCACAAUACGAAUUUCCUAGCGGCAACACUGAACAGCGCCCUCUGGGUGGAACUGUGAUCUCGGGGUGAUACAACCAACCUCCAUAAGUAAAGCGAAGCAGAAGGAGGCUCCUCUGGCCCA